AUGUCAUUCAACAUCAAUGAUACUCAACCAUUGGUACCAAUCAAUGGACUGUCACUGGUCCAUGGUAGGACUGAUGUUCCAUUGUUAGAGUGGACCAUCGAUCAGAUGCUCAAGGAUACUGUGGCCAAGUUUCCAUCGCACAAGGCAGCAGUGUUUCGUCACCAAGACCUAAGAUACUCGUGGAGAGAGUUUGACUUCCAGGUGGACUUGGUGGCGGCUGGUCUCAUGUCCCAGGGCAUCGUCAAGGGAGACCGCGUUGGAAUAUGGUCCACCAACCGAGCAGAGUGGGUACUGGUGCAGUUCGCCACGGCAAGAAUAGGCGCCAUCCUUGUCAACAUCAACCCGGCCUACCGUCUGGUCGAGCUAGAGUACUCGCUCAACAAGGUUCAAUGCAAGGCUUUGGUCACAGCACGCGCAUUCCGCAAGUCCAACUACCUGGACAUGCUUUUGGAGUUGGCACCCGAGCUCAAGACCUGUCGACACAACGAGUUGGUGAGUGCACGUCUGCCCCAUCUCAAGUUGGUCGUGGCUUUGGACACUGCCAGCGACUACUGUCCAGGUCUCAUGCCAUAUUCUCAGCUGAUACUGUGCGGUGAGUCAUUCAUCCCCAAGUACAAGUCGCGUCUACCAGAGAUCUCUCGCCAUUUGUCUCAGCACGACCCGAUCAACAUCCAGUUCACGAGUGGCACGACCGGCCUGCCCAAGUGCGCCACCCUCACACACCGCAAUCUUGUCAACAACUCAAGGUUCACGGCCGCCUACAUGGAGAUGACACCCAACGACCUGCUGUGCAUACCCGUGCCCCUCUACCAUUGCUUUGGCAUGGUGAUGGCCGUGUUGGCAUGUGUGUCCACAGGCUGUGCCAUGGUCUUCCCCAGCGACCACUUUGACGCCGGCCUCACCCUUGAAGCUGUGUCCGAGGAGCAAUGUACCCUCCUCCAUGGAGUGCCUACAAUGUUCAUCGCCGAGCUCAACCAUCCAGAGCUGACACGCUUCAAGCUCAAGCAGCUGCGCUCGGGUAUCAUUGCCGGUGCACCAUGUCCCGUUGAGACCAUGCGCCAACUCAGCACCAAGAUGAAUCUCACCUACCUUACCAUCGCGUACGGAAUGACCGAGACCAGUCCCAUCUCAUUCCAAACCACUAUGCACGACUCGAUCGAGAACCGAACAGAGACCGUCGGUCAGAUACAGCCACAUCUUCAGUGCAAGGUCAUUGACCCCGAGGGCAACAUUGUAAAGGUGGGAGAGGUUGGACAGCUCUGCACCAAGGGCUACAGUGUGAUGCUUGGAUACUGGGGCGACGAGGCCAAGACCAAGGAUUCAAUCAAGGAUGGCUGGAUGGAGACGGGCGACCUGGCAACGAUCGACUCCAAGGGCUACUGCAGGAUUGUUGGACGAUGCAAGGACAUGCUGAUCCGUGGUGGCGAGAACAUCUAUCCAAGAGAGAUUGAGGAGUACCUGUUCCAGCAUCCCAAGGUCGAGUCGGUGCAGGUGUUUGGUGUUCCCGACCCCCUGUACGGAGAGGAGAGCUGUGCCUGGAUCCUGCUCAAGGGAGGCAGCGAGGCAACGGUCGAGGAGAUCAAAGAAUUCUGUCGAGGAAGGAUCGCUCAUUACAAGGUGCCAAGGUACAUCAAGUUUGUCAAUCAAUUCCCAAUGACUGUUUCGGGCAAGGUACAAAAGUACCUAAUGCGCGAGCAAAUGAUUGAAGAGAUCAAGAGUGGAGCCGUCACUCAUCAACAUCAUACACAUCAGCCAUCUCACAACACUGGUAUCUCUGUCGCCAGCAACACAUUAGUACGUGUCAAGGUCAAUGGCAUGCUGUUACCUCAAGCCAAGUUGUAA